AUGAAUCAGAUAGGUGUAUGCUAUGGAAUGCUUGGCAACAACUUACUGUCCCCAGGAGAAGUUAUAAAUAUGUACAAACAAUAUAACAUCGGAAGGUUGCGACUCAAUGACCAAAACUAUGCUGCUUGCCAAGCCCUUAGAGGCACCAACGUUCAGCUCAUGCUUGGUGUCCCUAAUGAAGAGCUUCAAAGCACUGCUUCAAGCCAAGACUAUGCAAACACAUGGAUCCAAAACAAUGUACAAAACUAUGAAGAUGUCAAUUUCAAAUACAUUGCAAUUGGCAACAAAAUAGAGCCCAACAGUCCAUAUGCACAAUUUCUUUUCUCAGCCAUGGAAAACAUUCAAACUAUAAUUUAUAAUGCUAACCUUGGAUAUAAGAAUAUUAAAGUCUCCACUCCCAAUUAUCAAGUUGCCCUUUCAGAGUCCUACCCUCCAUCAAUAGGCUCCUUCACGUCUGAGUACCAAUCACUUCUUGAUCCUAUCAUAGGCUUCUUAGUGAAGCAUAAGUACCCAUUACUCGUUAACAUUUAUCCAUACUUUAGCUACAUUGGCAAUAUUCAAAACAUUCAUCUUGAGUAUGCUCUUUUAACUACUCCCUCAGUUGAAGUGCAAGGUGGCAAACAUGGAUACCGAAACAUUUUUUAUGCCAUUUUUUAUGCCUUUUACUCAGCAUUAGAGAAGACCAAAUGGGGGUCUUUGAAAAUUGUUGUGUCCAAGACUAGUUGGCCCUCUGAAGGGGGACCAGCAACAAGUUUUGAAUAUGCUAGCACUUACAACUCGAAUUUGAUUAGGCAUGUCAAGGUAGGGACUCCAAAGAGACCUAACAUGCCUAUAGAAACUUACAUGUUUGCCAUGUUUAAUGAGAAUCUGAAGACUCCAAAUUAUGUGAAAAACUUAGAGCUCUUUUAUCCGAACAAACUGCCUAAAUUCCAAAUUAAGUUUAGUUAA